AUGGGAUCCAUUCUAGCAGACCACGUGCCUCACGACAAGAUGUUCGGUAAUUCUCGAGAUUCUCGCGAUUCAACUCAUUUUUACGAAUCCGAGGGCCGCUCUAGAUCCAGCUCCAACACGACCCCCACCUCGACUACCGCCCCGCCACCCAUAUCUGCUCUUCCUGCCAACGAGUCCUCUUACUCCCACACAACCAUCCAUCCGCCAUCCAUGACCUCCAACUAUGCCCUUCCGUCCGAUCAUUCUGUCUAUUCUGCCUCUGAGACCCCGCAAGAUUCACACAGCCAUGUCACUCGGCCCAACAUGACCGCGCCACCCUACACUCAGUCGCCGGACUCGCCGCGUCUACAACCCACCCAUCGAUCCAUGCAAUCAUUAGGUGGUUCUGAGGCCAACUCCCCUAGCCGUAUUCGCGUUCGCAGUCUUUCCCACAUUCAGUCUCUCGCCAGUGAAGAAUUCCUGGCUCCCCCGCACAGAUCACAGGCCGGAUAUGGAUCGCAACGGCAGUUUGAAAUCAGCUCCAUGCCUGUCGGCGACAUCAUUGAAAUGGUCGCCGGGCUGCUCACCAAGAUCACUACAACCAAUGAUAUGCACCAUGAACAUGUUCAUCGUCAUAUUCCGCCGCCGGAAGGGACUACCAAUCUGAGCCCCCAAGCUACGAGUGUUCUCGCUUUCCAUGGAAAGAACGUUCCCAGCAUCACCAUUCUGAGUUACCUUACUCGAAUUCACAAAUAUUGCCCUACGACAUAUGAGGUUUUCCUGAGUCUGUUGGUCUAUUUCGAUCGGAUGACGGAUCUGGUGAACCGGGGACAAUUCCACGCACCCACCCAUCACUAUGAAUCAACAGUGGGCGAUCAUUCAAGCUCUUCCUCUGAUACAAUGGAUACAUCGGCCGACCGAACAAGACAAGAUUCUGCAAUAGUCACCCCUCCAUCCUCUGCCGGUAUGACCGCACAGGACCCGAACCUAAAUUCCUCCAUUUCACCAGCAUUAUACCCACAAGGAGAAGAUGAAAAUCUCUCCCACUUUUUCGUCGUGGAUAGUUUUAAUAUCCACCGCCUGGUCAUCGCAGGUGUGACCUGCGCAAGUAAAUUCUUUUCUGAUGUUUUCUACACAAACUCCAGAUAUGCAAAGGUUGGUGGACUUCCACUAGUGGAGCUCAACCAUCUAGAACUUCAAUUCCUCCUUCUAAACGACUUUCGCCUCGCCAUUCCAGUCGAGGAACUCGAGGCUUAUGGCACCAUGCUUGUGGAGUUCUAUGCUCGCGAGAUCGUCUCACAACAGCAGAACAGUGUCCCACGGCCUAUUCCAGGCUCGGGCACUGACUCCCCCCACAGAAGCUAUGUACAUGCGUAG